UUCGCCCUGCCCCUCAGAGCCACACCCCACGGCUCGGCGCCAGUCCCGUCCCUUUCCAUCUGCGGGGCGGCAGGAGGAGGCCCGAAGCAAGAUGGCGGUGAAUCAGAGCCACACCGAGAACCGCCGCGGGGUCCUCAUCCCUAACGGUGAAAGUCUCUUGCAGCGGUCUCCGAAUGUGGAGCUCUCCUUCCCACAACAAUCAGAAGGCUCCAGUGUCUUUAGUGGUACAAAGACAGGAACAUUGUUUCUCACUUCAUACCGGGUGAUUUUCAUAACUUCGCACUCCAUCAAUGAUCCCAUGUUGUCUUUUAUGAUGCCAUUUGAUCUGAUGACAAACCUCACUGUUGAACAACCAGUAUUUGCUGCAAACUUCAUUAAGGGAACUAUUCAGGCAGCUCCAUAUGGUGGCUGGGAAGGACAAGCUACUUUUAAAUUAGUCUUCAGAAAUGGAGGUGCCAUUGAAUUUGCCCAGUUGUUGGUGAAAGCUGCCUCUUCUGCUGCCCGAGGAUUUCCACUUAGAACGUUAAAUGACUGGUUCAGCUCUAUGGGAGUUUAUGUAAUUACUGGGGAAGGGAAUAUAUGCACUCCACACAUGCCUUGUUCAGUUAUUGCCUAUGGAGCCCCACCUGCAGGAUAUGGAGCCCCAUCUCCUGGAUCCGGAGCCCCACCUGCAGGAUACGGAGCCCCACCUGCAGGAUAUGGAGCCCCACCUCCCGGAUACGGAGCCCCACCUCCCGGAUACGGAGCCCCACCUGCAGGAUAUGGAGCCCAACCUGCAGGAAAUGAAGGCCCGCCUGUGGGACACAGGGCCUCACCUGCAGGAUAUGGAGCUCCACCUCGUGGAUAUGAAGUCCCACCUGCAGGAAAUGAAGGCCUGCCUGCGGGAUACAGAGCCUCACCUGCUGGAUCUGGAGCCAGGCCUCACGAAUCUGCAGCAGCCCAGGCUCCUGAAAACGAGGCUUCUCUUCCCUCUGCCUCCUCUUCUUAGGUCCAUUCUUAACCUUCUAAGAUGUAAACCUUGAAGACUCACCAAGCAAAGAGGUACCCUAAAACUGAAGUCAGGAUAAGGAGGAGGACUCAGCUUAGAGUCAUUGAUUGAUCUGCAUUGUGAAAAUUAGGAAACCAGAUGCUCCCAUAUUUUCAAGGACAGCCUUUCUUAAGGAAGUCAGUACGUGGGCAACAGUGACAAGGAGAGGAAGAGAGGAGAAACUCAACCAACUCGAGCAGGGAUAAGGUUUCCCUUGUUCAGCUUUUCAGUGUCUGCUGGAAUGUGACGAUUCUGCCCUCUCAGCUGUGCUGUUGGUCUGCAUCACCUCCAUCUCUUAAGCAUCUACCCUAAUCCACAUCUCAGGAUUUGGGUUUACACAAAAGAUUACCUCAUUGUCAGGUAGGAAAUGAAACAUAUGGUAGUCUUCCUGGCCUUUGCCUUGAGAGUCUUCUGGAACCUGAAGAGGGUGGGGCAGACAACCAUGGACUGCUAGAGAAUAAACUUUUUUUGAAGCUUCCAAAAUGGAUUAGAAAGAAGGGGUUCUGUCAAAGGGAAAGGGUUUAUACAGAUGUGAUCAGCAGUUUGAUUAGUUUAGAUAUGUGAUUUAGCAGCCAAUAUAAGAAACUUGUGUAAUUUUUAGUAAUUGGAAUUUAUUAUAAAUAAUAAAACAGGGUAUUAAUUGAGUUAUUAAUGUUAUGGUAUCUUUGGGGUGUCACUUUUCUGGCCAGAAACCUCUAUGGCCAAGUGGCACCUCUGCCCAAGUUUUGCUUGGGCCCACUGGGUUCAUUCCACCCACCUGGCCUGGAAGGCUGCACUUGGCUCAUGCUACUGGCCUGGAUCCCAUGCCUGCCAAGGGAGAUUGCGUGGAGUGACAAGGGGUGUGUGGGGAAGCGUGGGGUCUGGCUAUUGUUCAGUCAGACAUGCCAGCUGCUGCAGUGGGGUGGUCAGCUUCAGUUACCAGCAUGGGUGCCAGUUCUCUGCCAGGCUGCAGCUGGACCAGUCACACUCCAAGCAGCUUCCACAGCUGGCACCAGGGAAAAGGUGGUGCCCAGAAACUUGGAGAUGCCAGGAACCGUAGGGCCCCAAAGAGGGAGUCACAGCUCGGAGAGCUCCCAGAUCUGGGCUUCCCAAAGGGUCGCAGCUCUUCUUUUCUUCUCUUUGUCCACAACAUGGUGAGCAAGGGGCAUGUCUCAGCCCUGUUUGUAUUGCAGGUCUUUUAGCCUCAUUUGGUGGGUCCAGAGUUAUUGAAUGAGGUACACAGACAAGUAGAGGGUGAGCAAUGAGAAUGAGGUACACAGACAAGUGGAGGGUGAGCAAGACAAAGAGCAGCUAUUGAGCGACAAUAGCUCAGAGGAGGCCUUGGAGUGGGUAGCUCCUAUCUGCAGGCAGGUCUUCCUGUCAUCUCUGCAGCUCUCAGCAGAGAGGAGGUCCUGGAGUGGGUAGCUCCUCCCUGCAGCUGCUGGUCCCAACAUCUGCUUAGCUCUGGCUGAGCCCAGGGCUUUUAUGGGCCUCAGAGGGGAAGAAAUGCAUUAUCGAUUGGUCCAUAUGGGGCCAUGGGCAGGCCCAGAAAAGGCACUACAAGUUCUCACACCAGUCCAUGGGACUGGCAUCCUGACCCUCAGCUUUCAAGCUGUCCCUGGCCUACAGGUGGGACCUCACCAGGGACCCAUCCCCUUCUACUCAGGAAUCUGCCUCCUGCCAUUCAUGGUACCCAGGCUAUAGGUGCCAAGCCAAGCUGCUCUCAGCUCCCCUCGGUUUCCUUCUAUGCUCAUUGGUGCCCAAAAUCUGGAGGGGGCCGAGGCGGCAGGGGGCUGCUGAGUCAGCACUGCCCAACUUUGCUCUGAGAUCAGAGAAGGCAGGGAGAAGCUAGGCAGUAGGAACAGGCAUUUCCAUGCCGGCAAGGGCAAGGGGGGCCUUCCUGGGCCCCCAACAAUGCAGGGAUGCUGGGGUCUGCAGCCAUGGCUUGGGCGGCUACAGCAGCAUCCAGGGAGUUCCUGCCUCAACUUGGAAGGGGCGGGUCUCCCGCUUAUCCCUGACUUUUGCCUUCUCCAUGGAGCAUGCAGCCCUGGCCAUGCCUAGUUGUUGCAGCCAGCAUGAUGGCAGCAGCUGCUCCAGAUGGCCUCCUGCUGCCAUCAUUAAUAUGUAGCUAUUAAACACAGUUAGUGAAUCACUUUUUUGUCUUUUAAAUUGUUUUGUGAUAAUUUAAUUUUUAUGACCUAUAAAAAUUAUAUAUAUUUAAGGUUUAUAACUGAAUUUUUGUGAAACAUUGUGAAAUGACCAUCACAUUCCAACUAAUUAACAAAUCUGUUACCUGUAUAUAGUUACCAUUUUUAUACCCUUUGACCAACGUCCUCCAUUUCCCCCCUUUCCCAGCCCCUGGCAUCCACCAUCCUACUUUCUGUUUCCAUAGUUUGACUAUUUUAGAUUUGACAUAAAGGGAGAUCAUGCAGUAUUUUUCUUUCUGUGUCUUGCCUAUUUUGUUUAACAUAAC